AAUAGUGAUCAAUUUAAACUGUGAUAUUUAUUAAACUUUAGUCUUUUGUUUAAAUAAUGGGAUUUUAAGUUUUAUACAAAUACUAUUAUUAUUAUUAUUAUUAUCAUGCUAUUAAUAAAAUCUUGCAAGUUUUUCCAAAUAUGUUUUUUACAUUAUGUAUUUGUAUUGUACAUAUCAAUAGCUCAGGCAAAAAAAACUUGUAUGAUGUAUGGCGAAUGCCAUUAUAAUGAAGCUGCAAAUACAUACCAAAACUGUGCAAAACCUUCAGAACCUAAAAAACUAAAUAAUGAAACAGCUUUAGGUAUUUUACAAACAGUUUGUCCAUUUUAUUUUGAAGAUGUUGAAAAUGCAAAUGAUGUUGAAUUAUGCUGUGACGCUGAUCAAACAGUCAGAUUGUAUGAUGGGAUAUUAAAUGCGCAAGUAAUGUUCCAAAGAUGUCCAACAUGCUUAUGGAAUAUGCAAUAUUAUAUUUGCGCAAUAGCGUGUGCGCCAAAUCAAAAUGAAUUUAUAGUAAUAGAAGAAACAAGCAAAAAUGAAGAUCCUGGACCUUGGAAAGGAAAAGAGUAUGUGGUAGCAUUUAAUUUUACUAUGACUGAGUCGUAUGCAAAUACAACAUACGAUUCAUGUAAAGAUAUUAUAUUCACUCAAACUGGUGAAAAAGCAAUGGACAUUGGAGCUUGUGGAGGUGAUAACAGUUACAAAACUUGUAACUCGAAACGCUGGUUUGAUUUUAUGGGAAGCACUGCUGAUAAUCCAUUUGCUCCAAUGCAGAUAAAUUUUAUAUUUGAAACAAAUUCAAGUGAUGCCUUUAAUCCGGAAAACAUUUAUCCAUGUAAUGAGACCUACCAGACAGGCGUUCCCGCCUGUGGAUGUGCUGAUUGUGUGUUAUCAUGCCCGAUUGGUGAUAGUCCAUUUGGAACAUCUGAUUAUUUUACAAUUUUGGGAUUAGAUGGUGUAUAUUUUCUUAUUGGGUUAUUUGUAUUUGUAUUCGGGACAGCUUUCAUCUUAGGAAUUGCAUUCAUAAAAUAUAGAAAUAAAGACCUUGUAUCUGGUGAAUCGACACCUGAUUCUUUAUCUUCCAAGGGCGUUCCAGUGAAUCAAUGUUUAUUUAAAGCAUACUCAAAUUUUCUUACAUCAGGAAUGCAGAUAUUAUUUCGAUGGUGGGGAACAUUUGUGGCUGAAAAUCCUAUACUAGUUUUAAUGUUUUCAUCCUGGGUUAUUAUUGCUUUGGGAUAUGGUGCAACAUACCUAAAAAUAACUACUGAUCCAGUGGAGUUAUGGGCAGCUCCUGAUAGUCGAAGUCGUCUCGAAAAAGAGUAUUUCGAUAGUCAUUUUCGUCCAUUUUAUCGAAAUAAUCAAAUAUUUUUUAAGAAUACUCGUGAUUUUCAGGUAAAUCACACUAUAAAUGAACAAACUAUAACAUUUGGGCGUGCAUUUGAUCAAGAAUUUUUAGCAGAAAUAUUUAAAUUGCAAGAGAAAAUUGAAAAGAUAAAAAUAUUUGACAAUAAAGGAUUACAAGAUAUAUGUUUUGCACCAAUUGCUAAUGAAUUUACAGGCCCUGUUACACUUGAACAGUGUACUGUUCAAUCAGUAUUUGGAUUUUUCCAAAAUGAUUGGGAAGAAUUUAAUAAAACUGAUACUAACGGCGAAAAUUAUUUAAAUCGUAUUGAUAAAUGUUUAGUAAAUCCAUAUGGAACUGAUUGUAUGGCAUUAUACGGAGGGCCAGUCCAACCAAAUUUAGUAUUUGGAGGUUUUUCCUACGAAGAUAAUGGUGAACCGUAUUAUUAUGAUGCCAAGGGAAUUGUAUUAACUUUUCUUGUAAAUAACGAGAAUAAAAAAGAAAAUUUAAAGGAAGCCCUGGAAUGGGAAAAACAAUUUAUAUCAUUAAUUCGAGAGUGGGAAAAGAAUGAAAAACCUAAUUAUAUCGAAGUAGCUUACAGUAGUGAGAGAUCAAUUGAGGAUGAAUUAGAGCGAGAAUCAAAUGCCGAAAUUUGGACGGUGGUCAUCAGCUAUGCGGUUAUGUUCGUUUAUAUUACAAUCGCCUUAGGUCAUAUUAGAUCAUUCACAUCGUUUUUUGUUGAUACGAAAAUUAUGUUAGGUCUUGGAGGAAUAUUUAUCGAAUUAUCGUCUGUACUAUGCUCUAUCGGAAUAUUUGGUUAUAAAGGUGUACCAACGACUUUAUUAACGAUAGAAGUUUUACCAUUUUUAAUAUUAGCUGUGGGAAUCGAUAAUGUUUUUAUAUUAGUUCAAACUCAUCAACGAAAGCCAAGAAAUAAACAAUUGACGCAAGCUGAGCAAAUUGGGGAAACACUUGGAAAUGUUGGACCAACGAUGUUAUUAACAAGUUUAUCAGAAGCUUUUUGUUUUGGAUUAGGCGCACUAUCAGCUAUGCCUGCUGUAAAAACAUUUGCAUUGUACGCAGCAAUCGCAAUAUUGGUCGAUUUUAUAUUGCAAAUAACAGCAUUUAUAGCAAUAUUUAGUCUCGAUGAUAGACGAUUUUCGGAUAAACGUUUUGAAAUAUUUUGCUGUUUCAAGAAAAAUAUUUAUGAUUAUGAACCAAACUCAAACGGAUGGGUUUAUAAUUUAUGGUCUAAAUUUUAUGUUCCAAACUUAAUGAGGAAUAACGUUCGAAUUAUAACGUUAGUAAUAUUCCUGUUUUGGACAUGCGUGAGUGUGAUGGUUAUUCCAAGCAUCGAACCAGGACUGGAUCAGGAACUCUCAAUGCCCGAUGACAGUCAUGUUUUAAAAUAUUUUCAAUUUAUGAAUGAACUGCUAUCGAUUGGACCACCUGUUUAUUGGGUCGUAAAGUCUGGUUUGGACUAUAGUAAGAAAGAUGUACAAGAUGUGUUUUGUGGAGGUAUGGGAUGUGGCAGAGAUUCGAUAUAUACUCAAUUAUAUGUUGCUUCGAAACAUCGAAAUUCGUCAUAUAUAGCUAUGCCAUCAAAUUCGUGGCUAGAUGAUUAUUUUGAUUGGAGUAUGAUAGAAUGUUGCCAACAUUUUGUUAGUAAUGAAACAUUUUGUCCACAUUCUGUACAUAAUGAGACACUAUGUACAAAAUGUUCAAGGGAAUCGGAUGUUGGCUCAAUACGUCCAACAGAAAACGAUUUUAAUCGCUUUUUACCAUAUUUUUUAAAAGAUAAUCCUGAUCCUGAAUGUGCUAAAGCUGGACAUGCAGCCUAUGGAUCCUCUGUAAAUUAUAAAUUAUUUGAUAAUCGAUCAUCAGUGGUUCAAGAAUUUUAUUUAUCUUCAUUCCAUACGGUAUUAAAAACUUCUAAAGACUUCUAUGAAGCUUUAAAAUAUGCUCGAAUAGUCGCAGAUAAUUUAACACUUACAUUAAGCAAUUAUAAUUUAACUGAAGAUCUUAGUGAGAAAAUUGAAAUAUUUCCUUACAGUGUAUUUUAUGUUUUUUAUGAACAGUAUUUAACAAUAUGGAAUGAUGCAUUAUUUUCAAUAUUUUACUCAUUGUUAGCGGUAUUUGUUGUGACUUUAGUUGUAACUGGUUUCUCAUUCUUUUCGUCUGGUGUUGUUUUACUAUUUGUAACAUUAAUUAUUACAAAUAUAGCUGGUUGUUUAUAUUGGUGGAAUAUUACGUUGAAUGCUAUCUCAUUAGUAAAUUUAGUGAUGGCAGUUGGAAUCGCUGUUGAAUUCGUGAGUAACAUAGUUCACGCUUUUGGGGUUUCAAAAGAAUCGACAAGUUUAGGGAAAGCUACUGACGCAAUUACGACAAUGGGUAGUUCAGUAUUUAUGGGAAUAACAUUAACAAAAUGUUUUGGAGUGAUCGUAUUAGCAUUUGCUAAAUCCCAAAUAUUUCAAAUAUUUUACUUUCGAAUGUAUUUAUGUAUAGUAGUUGUAGGUGCCUUACAUGGCUUAAUAUUGUUACCUGUAUUUUUAAGCUUUUGUUAAUAAUUAAUUUAAAAUUA